CCGGUCUCUUCGAGAUAGUUGAAUUUUGGAAGUUGAGAAGUAAACAAGUGGUUUCGGCUGUUACCAUGUCGCAAGCGCCUAUUUACGUAGAAGAACAAACAGUGCGUAAAAUUCUUACUUGGCCCAUGGCCAUUGAAGCCACCAAGCAGGCAUUAAGUGCAGUGAGUAACAGCAGUGAAAAGAAUGGCAGUUUGCCUACAGUGGACCAGCCUGCAAGGAGUUUUACUCGGACGGCGGAAAGGAAAGGGGUUCUAUUAUCGAUGCCCGGCUAUGUGGGCAAUUACAGUAUCGGCAAUAAAAAGAGUGAUAGCUUAGGUUGCAAGCUGGUGACCGCAUUCCCGAAAAACUUGCAAUUGGCCCAACCGCUUCCAAAUAUACUUGCCAACAUUUUCCUUAUGGACACCAGCACGGGACAGUUGAAGUGUAUUAUGGAAGGCACUGAGAUUACUGCAUGGAGGACCACAGCCGCUUCACUGAACGCUACCAAAUAUUUAUACUAUGAACGACCGGGAUUCCAAGCUCCUGAGGGUGCAGUUUUAGCCAUUAUUGGAUGUGGAGUUGAAGGAAGAUAUCAUGCAAUAGGUAUGUGCUCUACGUUUGGCAUAUCAGAAGUACAUCUUUGGAACAGAACCAAGAGUAAGGCUGAAAGUUUGAAAAUUGAGUUGGAAAAUCUAAGAAAUACGUUCCAAAAUACAAACGUUAAGAUAUCAAUCUUCGAAUUAUCAGAAACUUGUGCUACAACUGCAGAUAUCGUCGUCACUGCCACGUUUGCCGAUUCUCCAGUUCUAUCGUACAAAUCACUCAAAAAGAAUGCACAUGUUAAUGCAAUUGGAGCUGGUAUCAAUCACUUCUCGGAAUUAGAUAGUGAAUUAUAUUUGAAAGGACAAUUAUAUGUUGACACAAUGACCGGGGCUAAAAUCGAACUCAAAGGGUUGAAUGCUGAAAUUAUUGGCGAAGUCGGAGAAGUCAUCAACGGUUUCAAGCCUACUCCCAAGAAUGGUAUAACGAUUUUCCAGUCAAUGGGUAUGGCUUGUGAGGAUGUGCUCUUAGCUGAAGCAGUAUAUGCAGCUUUAACGGAUACGGAGUGUAGUGGGCUCAGAAUACCCAAAAUGUGAUUUAUCUAAUUUAAAAUAAUUGUAUGAUUUGAUGUAGAAUUUCAGGAAUUAAAAUUAGUCUCGAAAACA